GUGAAGCACCUGGGAAGAACAUUGUGUUAAGAAUGGACUGCAUAGGGAAUGCGAGAACUUAGAAGGCGAGAAGAUACGAAGGUGUAACGCCAAUCGUCACGGCACAUGACAAUGUGACGGAUAGUUACGCCGUGACACUGGUUUUGGCCCUUGACGAGCUUGACAAUGAAAGGCUCUUGAAGCGGCUUCCUUCUGCUCGUCUCUGUCGUUCCAUACCUCUUGGACUCAGGAGAACGUUUAGUGGGCCAUACAAACCACCCGGUACGAGGACAGUGUCGUGUAUACACUUUACACCAUUUAGCUCUUGCUACUAGGCACGUACUCGAUCGCGCUUUUCAUAACCCUGUUGCGCUCUGUUUCCUCAAGGACGGUCAGCGGAAGUCGAGAGCGAACAUAUGACGCGCUCGAUGGCUGAGCCUCUCUUCGAUGGUGUAUACUACUCGAUAUCGAGCUCAAUAGACGACAGUCGUCGAAAGCAACUUUCGGCCUUACUCGAAGCAAACGGUGCUCAACCUGUCUCUGCAAAUGACGCCAAACUCACGCACUUUAUCACCAAUACCUUACCUCACCCGGAGUCUCAAUCAUUCGAUGAUCUUCCUUCCAAUACCACCGCUCACCUAGUCACUCCUCUCUGGAUUGAACGAACAGUCGUUAUCGCUACCAAACAAGACCCAGCUUGCUACUCGCCAGAUCCGACUCUCAUAUUCUCAGGAGUGACUGCUGCGGCCACCGAUCUCUCCUCCUCCGACCUCGAAGUUCUUUCAGCGGGAAUUACCGCGCUUGGAGGUCAAUGGAGAACCACAUUGACCAAAGAGGUCACGCAUCUCUUUGCUCUAAGUACGGGAAGUGCAAAGUACGAGACUGCCAUGCAUUUUCAGAAGAACAUUAACAUCAAGAUCCUUGUUCCGCAUUGGUUCGAUGACUCCGUACGGUUGGGCAUGCGUGGCUUACCCACCGAAUCAUAUGAAUGGCCUCAGCCUACAGUUUUCAAGGUUGGAUGGGACAACUUGCAGCCAGAAGAUCGGAGGUCCGCAUCGUCGAUGUCUCCUGAGAAGAAGGCGCUCUAUGAUACUGCCUUAGCUUCUCCCGCUGAUGAUGCAAGCCUGCCAAAGACUACUACACGCAAUAUCUGGAAAGGACGAAAGAUUUUACUUGCGUCUUCGCUUGAGCUCACAGAGAGCCAACGCUCCGCUCACGAAGUUGAUAUUCGGAGAGAAGGCGGGGUGGUUGUACAAGGAGAUGAAAAUGUGGAAGAGGCAGAUAUCCUCAUUACGAGGUAUCGCACAGGGCCCACAUACAUCAAGGCGUAUCGGCUUAAGAAGACGAUCGGUUCUUUGCCGUGGCUCUGGUACGUUCGGUCGACGGGUAAGAUCUCUCGACCGUCUGAACAGAUCCUCCACUACCCUGUCCCGAAGAAGCCCAUUGAGGGCUUCUCUAAGCAUUUAAUUACGAUCACGAAUUACACUGGUAAAGACCGCGAGUACCUCAAGAAGCUAAUCGCGACGCUUGGUGGAGAGUUUACACCCAGCAUGUCUGGAAAGAACACGGUAGUCAUCGCAGCAUACAUCCAUGGUACGAAGACCCAGAAAGCGAUCUCCUGGGGUAUACCUGUCGUAAAUCAUCUCUGGCUCGAAGACUGCUUCAUCAACUGGCGGUGUCUCUCUCCCUCGAAUGAGAAGUUUUCUUGUUUCCCUCCCGGAGUUGACUUUGGUACCCUGCUUGGUGAGAAAGGCAUCGGCAGGAUUGGUUACGACGUUUCCGAGCUUGAGGCGAUGGAGAGAGAUGUCGAGGCGGAGGAACGUGGAGAAGAUGCUGUAAAUGGCGUCGCCCGGCAGGUGCCCGAGGAACCUCGGUUAAGCGGGAGAAGUAUGAAGGAGGUCGAAGACGCUAUCGCAGAGCACGAACCCGAUGGUGAUGUCGCGAUGAACGGUGUUGGAGACGUCAGUGCCGGCGCAUACCUCGACCUUGAUAUCCAAGACGGCAUGGACAUCGACAAAGACAAUGAACCUCAACCAUCAUCUUCUAAAGUCAAGACCCCUUCAUUCAAGGGCAAAGCUAAGCCUGCUGUGAAGAAGCCCGAAGCCGAGCCUUCACCGCCCAAAGCCAAAUCGAAGCCAAAGCCAAAACCUGCUCCGGUUGCUGAAAGCGAGGAGUCAGAGCACGAGGAAUACGAACACAAGAAGGUGGCUUCAGCUAAGAAGAAGAAACCUCCCCCGCGUACAGUUCCUCCUAGGAAAAGCGAACUUCUACUCUUAACCGAGUCCGAGUCCGAAGUUGAGGAGCCGCCUGCCAAAGCUGCCAAUUAUUCAACGCAGAAACGCAAGGUCGAAAAUACCACCAGCGACGAAGAGGAAGAGGACGACGAUGGUGUCGGCAUGAAGCAACCUUCCACCUCCAAGUCAAAGGGUCCGGCCGCCCCGAAAUCCAAGAGACCUGCCAUAUCUGAUGUUGAUGUCGACAUGGAGGAUGCAGAAACAGUCGCUGCGAAAGUCAAUCCGCCAAAGCGGCCACGGGGACGCCCGAGGAAGAGCGCACCUGAUGAGGACGGGGAGAUGGCGGACGCUAAACCGGAAGAAGGCAGGAAGGCAGAGGAGAAGGCAGAGAAGAGAGGUCGUGGCCGGCCGAGGAAGGUACCUGCCUCUGAGCCUGAGCAUUCCGAGGUGGAAGAGACAUCUCCUCCCAAGAAGAGUCGCGGUCGACCUCGUAAAGUUCCCCUUGGUGAAUCUGAAAAGGGCCAAGUAGACGAACCGAAGUCCACAACGAAGAGUCGGAUGCAGCCGAAAGCGACACCUAAUGCCAAGAAACGUCCUCUACUGUCUACCAGCGAUGAUGCGUCGGAACUCGAAGUCUUACCUGGGCCGUCGAAGAAAGCCGCCGGAGCUUCAGCGAAACCUAAAUCCUCGAUCAGUGCGAAGGGGAAGAAUGUUGCUCUGGCUACAACUGACUCUGAAGUUGAAGUCCUCGAGCAAACGCUCCCCAUGAAGGCUCGGCCCGCUACCACAACACCUGGGAAGGAGAAGAAAAGGCUGAGCCUGGAUACUGAUUCCGACGAAUCCGAACGGAACGAAGAUCAUUCACCCAAGACCCCAGCCAAGCUACGACGAACUGGAAGCCAAUCUCGCAAAGCUGCGGUCCCCAUUGAGCUUGACACGGAUGUUGAGGACGAAGAACGUCCCGCUCCAAGGAAGCCUCUUACUCGCAACGCAUCUCAAUUAAAUCAAGAUGUCUCCAAGCCGUCUUCGCCAGCUAAACCUGGCCGUACUCCUAAGCGACGCCUAUCAGUGUUGUUGCCUACAAAAGAGCAGGUAUACUCCGCUUCGCAGGAGAAAGGGGAAGAAAUUUUUGAAUUGCGCAGGAACGCGUCUAUGACUUCUGUCAAGUCUUCCCAGGGCGAACGUCUCACGCGUAGGAACUCGAUGUCUACCAAAGCUCAGAAAGGCGUUACAGAUUCUCCUAAGCGUGACCGACCUCGUAAAGGGCGGUCGCCUUCACCCUCCACUUCAUCUUCCCGUUCGUCCUCCCCAGCACCCGUACCAAAGAAGACACCCAAGUCUCGACGACCAGCCACUCCUGAACCAGGCCCAAGCCGUAGAGAUGACAUUACGGAGACGCCCGCGACAUCGCGGAGAACUUCUUCAAAGCGCUCUGCAGCGACAAAAGCUACGAAGAAGCUGAGAGACGAAGUUAUGCCAGACAUGAAUAACUUCCAGAAACAGCUGAAACGGGGUAACAUGAAAGGUAGCUGGGAAAUCAACGAACGAGAUCAGUCUAAAGCAGACGGUUCGAAAGCCAAGGUUAAGGGAAAGAAACGCCUGUCUAUGGGUGAUGGUGGAAGUGAAGACGAAGAGGAACAUGAAGACGCUCCGGAUAGGAAGAAGCGAAGGCUCAGUGGCGCACGCGCUUCUACAGCUAAGACAGACAGGAAUAGGGUGAACGCGCAAAGCAUCUCCGAUGAAGAGACGGACGAAGAGGUGAAGGGGAAGAAGCCCGGCAAGAGUGAUGCCAAAGCACUUGCCCCAAAGUCGAGUGGGAAACUCAACCAGAAAGAUCCGAGUAGUAUCGUCAUCAUGACUACCCAGGUGACGCUCUCGGACGAUGUGAAGAAGUCAAUGGGUCGCUUGGGCGUACAAUUUACGACGAAUCCAGCAGAGUGUACGCACCUUGUCACCAAAGCUCUCGUUCGUACUGAGAAGUUCCUGUGUGCGAUGGCCCGAGCACCCAUUGUCGUUACUGACAAAUGGGUUGAGACUUGUGCCUAUACGAAACGCCUGAUAAUUGAAGAUGACUUCCUGCUUCAUGACCCUGAACACGAACGAAAGUUUGGGUUCAAAUUAGAUGAAGCCCUUGAGCGUGCAAGGGAGAAUGGAGGGAAGCUUUUUAGCGGUAUGACGUUCUACAUCACUCCGAGAGUUCCCGUGGAGACGAAACUGUUGAAAAAUGUCAUCGCGGCCGGCGGUGGCAAGGUUGGAAGCGGGACACCCACAGUCCGCAUCCUGAAGGCGAUUCAGGACCGUUUCGUGAUCUCUUGCGUGGAUGAUAAGUCUAUCUGGCGGCCUCUCGCUGAGGCUGGUUUCCCUAUCUUUAAUCAGGAACUUAUUCUGACGGGGAUGCUGAAGCAGAAGAUUGAUUGGGAUUCGGAUGCGAGCAAAGUCGCUGGUUCGUAUUAGCAUCUUUUGGUGGAUUGUUUAGUAUAUUUUUGUUUUGAUUGAUUGUACUUUCUCUUCGGAAACUAUUCUUUUCUUGUGACGCUGGAAAACGACGCCCGCAGUAAAGUCAAAACUCAAUC